GCUCCGGGGCGCGUCCGUAGGGCGAGGCGGCGCAGGAGGCCCCGGGCCCCGGGAAUGAGGUGGCUCCGCAGCCCGGAAUGCAGCCACUGAGAACACGGCCCGCGGGGAAAGAUGAUGCUGCAGACCAGCAGCUACAGCAUGGUGCUCUCCCUGCAGUUCCUGCUGCUCUUCUACGACCUCUUCGUCAACUCCUUCUCGGAGCUGCUGCGCGCUGCGCCCGUCAUCCAGCUCGUGCUCUUCAUCAUCCAGGAUAUUGCCGUCCUCUUCAACGUCAUCAUCAUCUUCCUCAUGUUCUUCAACACUUUCGUCUUCCAGGCCGGCCUGGUCAACCUGCUGUUCCAUAAGUUCAAAGGGACCAUCAUCCUGUCGGCAGUGUACCUGGCUCUGAGCAUCUCCUUCCACAUCUGGGUCAUGAACCUGCGCUGGAAGGACUCCAAUGGCUUCGUGUGGACAGAUGGGCUGCAGGCACUCUUCGUGUUCCAGAGGCUGGCGGCUGUGCUGUAUUACUACUUCUACAAGAGGACUGCUGUGCACCUGGGUGACCCCCGCUUCUACCAGGACUCCAUGUGGCUGCGCAAAGAGUUUGCUCAGAUCCGCACCUGAUGAUCCUCUCAGGCACUGGACUUGGGGAUGGUCUGCCCACUAGUUCUGCACCUCGCUGCUCAGCACCCUCCAAGAGAGGCGGACAGUCACCCUCGAGGCCAGCACCUCAAUGCUGCAUCUGCCCCUCACUCGCACCCCUCCGCUCCUUCUCCCCGCCGGAGAGUGUGGACCACUCCCAGCCCUGCUCUGGCCCUAGCUGCUGCCUCCUCAUGCACUGACGCGAAGGGCCAGAUGUGUGUGAUUGUGCCCUGCUGGCACCGCAGCUGCCCUUUCUCAUCCCCCUGCCUGUCACUCGCCCUUCAGCUCCGGGCACCUGCUAGCAGCAGCUCCCACGCCCGUUCCACUUGGUGUCCUGGGCAGGCCGAGGCUGGCUGUACGGCCCUGGGGCCUCUCUGCCCUCAUUAGCCUGUCCUUUUGUACCCCGUUUUAUAAACGAGCAGAAAAUUAAAAAGGCUCCAUUUUCCAAAA